AUGAAGACACUUGUCCUCCUCUCUGCCCUUGUCCUGCUGGCCUUUCAGGCCCUGGCUGAUCCUCUGCCAGAAGCAAAUGAGGAGGCUAAAAAUGAGUUGCAGCCAGGAGAAGAAGACCAAGAUGUGUCCAUCUCCUUUGGAGACCCAGAUGGCUCUGCUAUUCCAGGUCAAGCUGCACCAGGCGUGAAAUGCUUCUGUAGAAAAAAAUCCUGCAGACGUUCUGAGCGUGUUUCUGGGGUUUGCAAAAUAGGUCCAUUACCUGCCAUACUCUGCUGCCGCUGA